AUGGCAGACUCGUCCUCCAACCAGUCCUCCUCCUACGCCUCCGACCCAAUCCUCCGCUAUCGUCCCCCCUUUGCUCAGUCUCUCCCCGUCCAGAUCCUCACUACCGGAAUCGUGCUCACCCUCGUCGUCGUGCUGCUUCUCCAUCUUAUCUUCACCGCACAGUACCACUGGCCCAUCGCUCGCCUAAAUUACAUCCUCCAACUAACCGGCGUAAUCACCCUCCUCACCUCGGUUAUCGCUACCCUCUAUGUCGUAUUCAUGUCCACCGUCCUAGAGAGCCAGCACUGGCCAUACAUGCUUUCUUACUUGGCUGUAGACAUGCCAAAAGUACAACUCAACGGCACCUUGAACACGACCGACCCGACCGUCGCGUAUCAGACCCAAUGGACCUUUGCUCAGAUCGCCGCGUGGACUGCUAUGAAUGCAACUACCUCCGUCAUCGUCCAGAUAACUCAUAUACAUUUUCUGACUCUCCUCUAUCCCUCCGAUCUCGAGGCAAAGCUUAUCUUUUUCACUCUUGGUCCCCUUGCUAUCAUAUCCGCUGUCAUGCAGCUCCUCCCUCUCAUAGCCGGUCCUAAUGCCAUCGGAGUAUCCGAAGGCGUCCGCAACGUCUGCAAUGCCGCUCUGUCCCUUCUCUUCACCUCCUCUCUCGUUAUUUGGGGAUUCUUUGUCAACCGAAAGCAAGCUUGGCGCACAGACGGUGGAACAGCUGCAUUCGGAGCUGGCGCUAUCAUACUCGCACUCAUCUCCACCACACUCAACUUUAUUUAUAUACCUAGACAAGACCAGUAUACGUGGAUGCCAAAAUUAAUGUGGGCCGUCGUGCUUUGGCAGAGCUUUUUGGGCUGGUGGUGGUGGGUAGGUGCGGGUGUGGGCGUUAGAGAAGUCGAGGAGUCGCUCGCCAAGGAGCAUAAGAGACAACAGAAGAGGAAACUCAGGGAACAAAGGCGGAAGGAGCAGAGGGAACGUGCAAAAUCUGUAUGGAAAGGUGUCACGAGCACGUUCAAGCCGACCGGUACCAGCGUGCGCACACAACAGGGUGAGGAGUCAGACGGCGGUGGGAGGCAGACGACGGGUCGCACACCAUCGUCGACAACGGACACGGCGCCAACGACGUGGCGGUUGCUGCAUCCCGUACACCUUGCACAGAGUUGGUUUGCGCGACUACGUCACGAUCACUUGACAGCUGCACAUCUCCAGGCAGUCGAGCGAGUCGAACGAAUCCACCAGGUAUUCGGGCGAGAGGAAGCCCGAAACUCGAUGCGGGAACCGGGGGCACAAGUUGUCGGCUGGGGUCUUGGUCACUACGGUGUGCGGGAAGCAGAGCGAGAACGGAGGGAAGAACUUGGGGUCGACGAGGGAAUUGCCGACCCGAGUGGGAGCAAGGUCAAGAAUGUAGACAAUGACGACGAAUUUUCUUCGUCCUCUGGUACGGAGUCAGAUGGUGGUGCCCCCUCUCGGGAUCGGUAUCGGGAUCAGCACGUUCAGCUACGUCGACGGAGUACGAGCGGACACCAUUACGCCGCGCCACAAUCCUCGCCGUCACGAACGUCGUCGUCGCCAACGGAGCCGCGGCCAUCGUCCCCACCGGCGCGAUUUCAAGAAGUGGAUGACGCCACAGGGUCGUCCAUGUGGUGGUGGGGACCUCUUCGCAAAUGGCGUCUACAAGAUUCGACGACUUAUCGGUGA